AUGGCCACGCGCACGACCUCAUCCAUAGCCAUCAUCGGGGCCUCAAUCACCGGUUUGUCCCUAGCCCUGUCUCUCAUCCAAGCCAAUCUCGUCGACCCAACAGAUAUAACGGUCUACGAUCUCCGCUCGCCCAGCGCGCCGGACGCAGCAUACUCGUCGGGCGUGGUGCUGACACCCAACGGUCUCAAUGUGCUCAGUGCGCUGGGUAUCCUACCUAGGAUCCACGACCAGUGUUGGCUCUCCGAGUAUCGCACCUAUAAAGACGAAGGGGACGUCACGACACGCAAGGUCCUGAUCGCAAAUGAGAGCCUCUACGGGUUUCGGAACCACCGAGUCUGGAGGCGCAUUCUGGUGGAGGAAUUGCUCGGGAUGGUCCGGGAGAAGGGCGUGCAAGUGCAGUGGGGGAAUCGGUUCGAGGGUGUGCUGUCAGAAUGUGAAGCUGGAGUGGUGUUUAAAGUCGAUGGACGGGAGGAGCGGGCUUCGAUGCUGUUCGGCGCAGAUGGCAUCCAUAGCUUGAUCAGGAGGUAUGUUACUCCCGGGGACAAAGGACCUGAGUACACUGGUGUUGUGGGCGUGCUGGGCCAUAUCCCUUGGGAGAGCGUGGCGUGGCCUUAUCGGGACUAUGAGCGCGCGUGUACGAUUCAAGGGAAGCCCGGGGCCUUGGUCCUCAUGCCGGAAGAUCGUGAGGGAAGGGUCAUCAUGGUGGCCAUGCAGACCAAGUUGGAGGACCGCAGUCGUGAGGAUUGGGAGGCGCUGGGGCGGGAUAAGGCUUUCUUGCGAGAUUUCUUCGCCCAGAGUCGAGAUCAGUGGACGAGUCAGACGGCCAAGGGCAUCAUUGACGCAGUCUGUGGGCAUGAGGAGACGCUCUAUAUGUGGCCUUACAUGAGAAUGGGCGUGUUGGAGAGGUGGUUUUCGGACAAGACGGGCAGAGUGAUCAUCAUUGGGGAUGCUGCUCAUGCGUUGCCCCCAAGCAGUGGACAGGGCGUCAACCAGGCAUUGGAAGACAUUCAUGCCCUGACUAGGCUGCUUGUUCUGCUCAAGUCCAAGCCGCAGAUACAGCUGAAGGAUGCGCUUGGAUUCUGGCAAUCUCUUCGACAGAAACGGAUCGAUGCCGUGUUCGACUGGGCAAUGAACCGGACUAAUGUGCAACGGAUGCCCUUGGCGGAAAGAGAGACACUGGUUCGUGAGGGAAAAGUGUUGGACGCCAAAAAUGCCGAGAAUUUCGAUGACAUGAGGUGGCUGUACCAGCCGCACACGGACAAGCUGAUUGAUGAUUGGGAUGAGAUACACAAUCGUUGA